AUUUUUUUUUGUUUAGCUCGCGACGCGUGAUACAAAAAGGUGAAUAAUUCCCAACAAAAAUGGGUCGUAAGUGCGAGGUUAGUACGUGUGCGAACAACGAAGUGAAGCGGAACGGAGCGUCGUUUAUUAAAUUCCCGCGAAAUCCGACCGUUGCCAUUCGGUGGGUACAGUUUUGCGACUCGGAAGAGCUGCUGGCCGACUACGAAGAGCACGGCGAUGAAGUGUUGGCCAACCGGAAAAUAUGUUCGGCUCAUUUUGCGGACGAGGACUUUCGCAUUCGGGGUCGACCGGACCGGGGUCUGCGGUUCGGAGUCGUUCCGCGAAUCGUUGGCACGUCCUGGAGCGGCCCACCACUAGUGGUGCAGGACCAAGGUCCUCAACUCGAACCUGUGGAAGACGUUGAUGCAGAGACAAACUCAAGUGUGAUACCUAUUGUCGUUGAUGAGGAGUGGCUGGAAGCCGUUAACCAGUCUGACGGAGAAGCCAACAGAUCGUUUAUCUUUGAACAGGAGGGCAAUAGAGCACGUUUAGAUACCACUGAUCACACCACAACAAUGAGACGCUCGCUACGAAAACGUAAACGCAGUGAAGAUGUACCGGCAGAAGCUGUAGCACCACCACCAGCACCGGUAUCUCCAGCGCCAGCACCUGAGCAAAGUGAUGAACCUCCCGAACAACAACCUUCCCCGCAAUCCACCUGCAAUUUGUGCAAGAAGCUCAGUGCGGAUCUGCGCUCCGACCCGGAAACCGCCGACAAGAUCAUCGACUGCCUCGGACUUGGGAUCUCACCGGAGGUCGAUCCGACGGGGCAGAUUUGCGCCGGCUGUGCAGAACGCGUCGACGCGCAGCACGCCUUCCGGACGCGCGCCCUGCACUGCAACAGUUACGUCGAGAACGGGCUGGACGACAAGGAAGACGAGGACGUGUGCCGGUUCUGCUUGAAGGCGGAUGGCGGAUUGGUCGAGUUGUUUCCUGGGGGGAACGUUGUGGCGAAUGAUGUGGAACGGGUGCGGGAUUGUUUGGGGGUUGAGAUCAACAGCUGGGACUCGGUGACGAAGCUUUGCGGGGAUUGCGUGGGUGGUGUUGAAGAGUUGGCUGGAUUUCGGGCGGAGUUUUCGCCGACGGCCGUGCCGGUGAAGUUGGAGGACGUGAUGGAUUCGUCGGAUUCGUACAGCAUUGGGAGCGAGAAUGGGGAUGGGGUUGAGGGGUUUGAGUCGGAUGGUUCGACGGCGGCGGAGGGGGAGAAGGGUGGGGAAAAGCGGAAGAUCACGGCACGGUCUCUGCCGUGGAUUGGAAGCGACCACGAGGAUCGUAACUUUGACGUGCUGGAUGAAACGGACGAGGCGGUUGAGGUGGUGUUUGAGGAAUAUCCGUUCGAUCUGCGAUUGGUCCUGCCGGACGGGAGUUCGCUGUGGCACUGCGUUCAAUGCAAGUUGCGAGAUUGUCGCGUGAAGCUGAAAAUUGACGCGAAGGGAAUGUUGGCUACAUUUGGGGGUUCAAUCGACAAGCACAACCACAUGAACGAGCUGGACAAGCUGAUGGAGUGUCCGGAGGGGAAGGGGAUGGUUCAGUUUGACGGUAAGGAGCAACCGUUUUGGCUGCUGUACGGCGAACGCCAGCGAAGUCAGUACACGCGGUGUUUGAUCUUUGCCGGGCAGAAGUACUUGCUGCAGUCGAUUCGGUUCAAGGGACUGAUUGGCGUUUGGAAGUGUCAUCACGUGUUCAGGAAGUGCACGGCAUUGCUUCGGAUUGAUCCGCUUUUUGAGAAGUUUGAAAUGCGCGGUCGGCACAACCAUCCGCCGCUGGCGCAGUGGGAGAUUGACCACGCGUUGAGGUUGCGCGGCAUUCGGGAUGGCUCGCUCGAGGCAAUUCGUACGUAUCAGCGGACGACGUCGCGAGUUGCGAUUGAAAAGCGGGCCGAUCAGGAAGGAUACGUGGGUAACGGGACUCACACGUCCAAGUCUGAAUGUGCUAACGGAGCGGAGGACGGAGUUCAAGCGAAAGUUAAGGACAAUAAUGUGGACAUCUACAAAAUCCUCCAGCAGAAGGAUCCCGCGCGCAACUUUAAGGUGCUUCCACUUGAUACAGGUUUCAAGGUCGUCGAUGAGGACAAUUACGAGUAUUGCUUUUCCACCCAGCUUGAGGACAAUUCAACGCUGUGGAAGUGCGCAAUGUCCCAGCUGAGAAACUGCAAAGCGGUUGCCCAAGUAAGUCUCGAUGGCAGACAGUUGACCUUCAUCGAGCGCAAGCACAACCACGAAACUAGACCGCUCGAGCUGCUAAACUAUCCGCUAGGCAAGCGAGUGAUCGCCGGAGAAGCGGUUUGGCUGCUGAAAUGGUUCAACGCGAACCACGAGUCGCGUCGGGUUCUUUACCGUGGAUAUCUGUACACGCUGCAUGAAAUUGGCAAGCACGGAAUCAUUCGGUGGAGGUGUCUCAGGAGGCAGUCCUGCGCGGCAAUUUUGCUCUCCGAAGGUGAUUUCCGCAAGAUGGAGGUCAAGGGAGAGCACACGCACCUGGGGCUGCCCCAAAGUUCCAUGGAUUCGUUGGUUAAGGACACUGAACCGACUGGGCGAAGAGUGCAAAAAUCCGUGGAGCAACCAGCGACUGCCCAGCUGUUACCAAUGCCGAUCUAUACGACCAUCAGCCAACAAAAUCCGGAGAAAAAUUACACCGUCAAACAGAUCAAAAGCAACUGCUGGUUGUCACCUUUGACGGGCGUGACUUCCGGUUCAACGCAAAGGAAUCAACAGGCUACAGCCAGUGGAGCUGCGUUUGGAGCGACAUUCGCCUUUGCAAGGUCAAGUUGUACAUCAGCCCUGACGGAAAGGUGGCAAGGUUGCACGAAUCCGACCACAAGCACAACCAUUUGGACGGCGACGUCCCAGCGUUCAAACUCACCGACGGAAAGAGGACAAUAUUCGACGAAACCAAAAACGUCGACCUGCCCUGUUAUUUGUACACCUACCCGGCGGACUUCUUCCCCAACCGUGGCCUAAUCUACCAAGGCCAAAAGUACACGCUCUGUCGAAUCGACCGACACGGACACAGCACCUGGAAAUGUCCCCGAACCUGCACCGGAUACAUCAAAGUUGAGAGCAGUCUGCGCUCCAUCGCCUGCAAAAACUCUCA